AUGUCGACUAGGCGGCUCAUCGUCUUUGGGGCCACAGAGAACCAGCGCGGCUCCGUCGUGCACGCCGUUACCAACGACCCCGUGCGCAGCAGCGCGUUCCACACAACCCGCACGGUCACCCGACAGGCCGGCUCUCCCGCCGCAAAGCCCUUGCACAGCCACGGCAUUGAGGAGAUCUGGGCAAACAUGAACUCUCCGGCCUCCCUGGAAUAUGCCGCCGCGGGCGCCCACACCACCUUCCUCGUCACCAAAUUCUGGCAGCGCCUCGAUGCUGAGAGAAAAUGCAGCCAGGGCCAAAAAUUUGCCGACGUUGCCAAAGAAGCUCUUGCCGCAACAAGCUCUGAUGACUAUCUUCAAAUGCAUCUGUCUGGUAUUGGCUAA